AUGUCCGGGAGCAAUGAAAAAGUUUCGACUACGCAGCGAAUGAUCCAAAGUGUAGCUUUCCCUCCCAGUCAUAAGCUCACUGUGUCAGAAGUGUUCGAUGAAAAAUCGGGGAAGCCUCUGCCAGAUGUACUUAAGCAACAUUUUAUAUUAGAGGGUCGAAUCGAAGAAAACGCGGCUUUACGAAUUAUUCAAGAUGGUGCCACCCUACUUCGAUCAGAAAAAACUAUGAUCGAAAUUGAUUCUCCAGUGACAGUUUGUGGAGACGUCCAUGGGCAAUUUUACGAUUUGAUGAAGUUGUUCGAGGUCGGAGGCUCUCCUUCGUGCACGAAGUACUUGUUCUUAGGCGAUUAUGUCGACCGAGGCUAUUUCAGUAUAGAGUGUGUCUUGUAUCUCUGGGCGUUGAAAUUAUGCUAUCCGAAGACAUUAUUUCUGUUACGCGGCAAUCACGAAUGUCGACACUUAACAGAAUAUUUUACAUUCAAACAAGAAUGUAAAAUUAAGUACUCAGAAAAAGUAUAUGAUGCUUGUAUGGAUGCCUUUGACUGCUUACCUCUUGCUGCUCUUAUGAACCAGCAGUUUCUCUGUGUUCAUGGAGGUCUGUCUCCUGAAAUUAAUAGUUUAGAUGAUAUUCGUAAACUAGAUAGAUUCAAAGAACCUCCUGCUUAUGGAGCUAUGUGUGAUCUUCUUUGGUCUGAUCCAUUGGAGGACUUUGGCAAUGAGAAGAAUGCAGAGCAUUUCUCCCACAACUCGGUUAGAGGUUGCUCUUAUUUUUACAGCUAUGCAGCCUGUUGUGAUUUUCUCCAAAGAAACAAUUUGUUGUCUAUUAUUCGUGCUCAUGAAGCUCAAGAUGCUGGUUAUCGGAUGUACCGUAAAAGUCAAACUACUGGAUUUCCAAGUCUGAUUACUAUAUUUUCAGCACCUAACUACUUGGAUGUUUAUAACAAUAAAGCUGCAGUCCUUAAGUAUGAAAAUAAUGUGAUGAACAUAAGACAAUUUAACUGCUCACCUCAUCCAUAUUGGUUACCUAAUUUCAUGGAUGUUUUUACUUGGUCACUCCCCUUUGUGGGUGAAAAGGUAACAGAAAUGUUGGUCAAUGUUUUGAACAUAUGUUCUGAUGAUGAGCUCAUGUCAGAAGGUGAUGAUGCAUUGGAGGAAGCUAAUCUCCGGAAGGAAGUGAUCCGUAAUAAAAUACGUGCAAUUGGGAAAAUGGCCCAUGUCUUCUCUGUUCUUCGAGAAGAGAGUGAAUCUGUUCUUCAGCUUAAAGGAUUGACACCUACAGGGGCACUGCCACUCGGUGCCCUCUCAGGAGGUAAAACUUCUCUCAAAAAUGCCCUUCAAGGCUUCUCUCCAAAUCACAAGAUUACCUCAUUUGCGGAGGCUAAAGGUUUAGAUGCCAUUAAUGAACGUAUGCCACCAAGGCGUGAUGGCCAACGCACACCAGAUACUCAAGAGAAGAAGCCACAUGUUAACAGCAACUCGUGA